ACAGCUGAUGCUACUCCAAGGAAAAACAAAUACAAAAGAGCUUUCAAAAAUAAAAUUUUAUCUGGUGGAUAAUCGGUGGCAUUUCAACAAAGCACAACUAGUAAUAAUGGCUCUUUCUCACCUUAUACGGCCAUUGUCGGUGUCGCAUAGAGCAAUUAAUCGAUCACUAAGGAUUCGUGCUAAAUUAGAAUAUAUUGCGAAGAAUACACAUUUUCGCAGUGGCGCAUUAAAACCUAAACCGAAGCAAACUCCAUUUGGCAUUGUGUUUGUUUUUUGCGCUGUUCUACCCGGUUUGUUCCUUGGGGCUGCUAUAAGCAAGAGUGUGGCUAACUUUUUGGAGGAAAACGACCUCUUCGUCCCGUCUGAAGAUGACGAUGACGAUGAUGACGACUAAAGUACAUUGAAAAUUGCCAACAAUCGCAAUCCUAAUAGCUAUUUUGUUUCAGAAUAAUAAAAUUAUUUUAAAUCAAAAAUAAUGAAUGGAUGAAGUUAAUGUAAAUCAAAUGAUUGUUUCGAAUUAUAUUUUUAGUUAAGAACUGUAUUGUUUUAAUAAUUAAGCAUAUUUAAAUUGAUAAUAAAGCUUGUUGACUUAAUGCACAGUAAA